AUUUAAUACGUUGUCGUUGUGUUAGUAUUUAGUUUACCCAGACGACAUAGAGCUACAGUCGAUGGGCAGUCUUGUUAGUCGAGCAUCAUUCUUAGUGGGUCUUGUUCUUGUUCAGCUCAAAUAUUAAUUUGUUUUUAUCCAAGCACGACCAUCAACAGGAGAGCAUAGAUACUUCUAAAAGUGAAAAACAAGAUGGUCGUCGAACCAGAGACACCCACUUCUCCUGGCGCCUCGCCUGCAGAGGCACCUGGGAGUCAAGCUCACUUCUCAAGCCUGGUGGACAAGUGUGAAGAUGGCGGUCAGCUAUGUCGCAUUCUACCUGUCCUCAUGAGACAGGCAGGCGAGCAACAGCCAAUUUUCAUCGAGAAACUCAAGACCUUGCUGAAAUCCAUCUCCUUUCCGCCAUUGGCCCUGCAAUUGGCGUGUCGAACACUAGAGCCACCGAGUAGCAAGUCGGCAUUUGCACUUGGCACGGCUGGUAAACGGCCUCCAGCUGCAGGAGAAGAGAAACCUCAGGACAAAGACGCUGUACUACCGAAUGCUGGUAGUGCCGCGACUGCUGAACAAGCAAACCCAACCUCAGCCGGCGCACCACCCGCUGCUAAACGCCAAAAGCUCAACCUCAUGCGCACUAUGGCAAAUCUUUCAGCGUCGUCAAACCCUGCUACAUCGUCAAUAAGUGAGGGCAAUGCUCAACAAGCACAGCAAGGUGAAGAGGCACAAGCCCCGAAGAAGUUCGCCGUAUACAUGCACAACAUUCUCUACAGUGUGGAUGAAAGCCGCAUUCGCACUUUCUUGCAGCAGAGAGGGAUACGGGACAUCAAAAGUAUCAACAUGCUGAAGACGCCAGCAGGAAAAUCGAAAGGUGCAUGUCAGAUAGUGUUCGCUUCGCAGGCAGAAAUGACGAUAGCCUUAGGGUUGAACGAAAGCCAAGAAUUAGACAUGGAAGGCGGGAGGAAGAUCUACGUAAAUACAUUAUAUCACUUUUUAUGGGUGUAGGGAAUUCAUCUCCCAAGUCAUCUGGAAGAAGAAAACAAGAACAAAAACAGAGCCAGACGAUUCCUGAGUUGGAUUCCCUAUAGAUACCUCUAAACUUUCUUACAUUUUUUUGAGUUUGCAUAUGCACAGGUGUUCAACGUCAACCUUCGCUUUGUUUAGUUCAGAUCCUCCAACAGGUCCAAGUCCAUAUGUUUCCAAUACUUACUCUCUACCAAAUACAAGUUAAAGAACACCCCUCGACUCAUCUAUCCCCAAAUGUAACUACCACAGGUUCGCGAAGACCUCUACGCUCAUCAGAGCCAGGAACUUGGAGAGCACAAGGCGACGACAGCUUCAACGAACGCUCCCAGCGCUUUCAAGCCCUCAGCCAAAGAUCUUCAUAGUGCCAGUGGAUCUUCAACGAGCAAUAGCGGUUCCUCCGUCAUCGUAAAGAAUCUUGCUUUCACCGCCAGUGAGGCAAACCUUGGUGAACUGUUCGCUGGCGUCGGUGAAAUUCGUGCGGUGAGACUCGCUAGACAAGCAAACGGGAAGCCUGCAGGAUAUGCCAUUGUGGAGUUCACGCAUCCUGGCGCAGUGGCGCCAGCCUUAGCCAGAUCUGGAGCUAAUAUCAAAAAUAGGCCUGUUAGAGUAGAGGCCAUGCGAGGAACAAGCGGCGGGGGUGGUGGUGCGCCUCAGAAUGGAGCUGUUGUAGAGGGUUCUCCUACAUCAGGAGCAGCGCAAGCAAAUAAGACCUCUUCUUUAUCAGAUAAGCUUGCGACACUAGAUGCUGAUGCACAAAAGGAAGCAGGUACAAGUGGAAAUGACGCAGCAACCACGACUACAGAGCAAAAACCAGCAGGUCUAUCUUCUUUCUUCUGCAAGAAGGAUGAGACCAUGGACUAUGCAGGUUUGCUAACUAUGGUGUCAAAAUUCGAGUCUAUCGAAGCACUGAAGAAAGACAUCACCGAAGAGCAGGCCAAGUCCUGGCUUUCUGGUGUUGGGUUAAAAGCUGGUGGCACAUUUGAGGAAAGGGCUCAACGUUUAUGGCGUGUACGAGAAUUCGAGAACUUUGAUGACAUACCAAAAGAUCUCAAGCCUGGACCAGCGAAGAUCAAUAAAAAAAAACCUGACUAUUUGGGAAAUAAGGGUGGAAAGAAAGGAGGACAGAAAGACGGUGAUGCAGCAGAAGCUGGGGGUGCUGAAGCUAAAGACUGAGCGCCCACAAGUAGAAUAGACUGCUCCAAUGUGUUUUCCCCUCGCCAUUUUGACCAAAAAAACCUAAUGUUACCUCCCAAGUCCUCCACAACAAUAUAGACGUGACCCGCCUUCAGCUUCAUAUCACCGAUUUUCCCUGAUUUAAGUUUCAUGCGCAUGCCAU